AUAUUCUAUUAUCCCCUCCAAGAAGUUGGAAAGUCAAGAGCAAAGGGGAAAAAACAUGGCUCUGCAAUGUUAUUGAGAAAUUCAAAGCAGUUUGGUGUUACGCAUUUAAUUCUUUGACUAUUUUAGAGAAGAAAGUUUAUAUUUUUUGUGGAUUUGACUUUCUUUUUAAGUAAAGAAUUUGUAUAAGUGAUUCGUGAAGUGAAAACGGAAGAAAGUAAAGAAACGAAAGGGUGAAAGAGCAAGAGAAAGAGAGAGAAAGAAAAUGUAUUCGAUCAAGACGAGUCAUUGUAAAUGUCAUGUAUUUUGCAACAGGGAAUGAUUUACGAAAUACUGAAAAGAAGUGACUUUAAAAAAUUGAUGUUGAUAAAAAUUAAGAUCAGUCUGCAAUAGUAUCUGUAAGAAUACAGACUACUCUUUCUACGAGUUUUUGGUUAGUGGUUACGAUCAUGACCAUCUGGAUGGUACCAGUCAGCUGUAACUCGUAACACGCGUUUACACGUGCAGUUUGUAAUUCGUUUGAUGAUCAUUGAGACAUCUCAUUCAAAUCUAACCGUAAUUCUUCAUAUACCGCAAUUUACAUGAAAAAUGAUCAUUCCUGGUUCACGUUUGACGAUGAUAUACGAACGGUUUACAAGUUAAAUAAUUAUAUUGUAGAAUUUGUAUAUUUGAUUCCUUGGUAUUGCAAGUCGGUAGUAUUUCGUUGAAUGUGUAUAAGGAUGUCACUAAAGUCUAAGCCAGUUGAUUUUAUUGAAACAUGGAACGCAUUGCGAGAGACUGUAGAGGGUGUAAUAACAUUAUCCUAUGUUCCACGUGCAAUGUGGAACGAUAGAUUCAGUGAUGUAUAUUCAUUGUGUGUGGCAUAUCCAGAACCAUUUGCGGAUCAGUUGUAUAAUGAGACAAAAAGGUUUCUAGAAAAUCAUGUCUUCCAAUUGUUAAUAAAAGUUCGCGCCCAAGGUGAAUCUGGUUUGCUACAGGCAUAUCAUCAAGCCUGGACGAAAUACUCGCAAGGCAUCAAUUAUGUGGAUCGCUUGUACUUAUAUUUAAACCAACAACACAUUAAGAAACAGAAGGUUUCCGAGGCAGAACUUAUUUACGGCACGUCUUCCGCUAUGACUGCUGAUUGCCAAGAACAAAUGGAAAUAGGAGAGCUUGGUUUAGAUAUUUGGAAAAAAAGAAUGAUUACACCGUUGAGAAAACAGCUUGUCUCUCUACUGUUAGAAAACAUUCACGCAGAUAGAACUGGUACAGCUCCUUCAGCUAGUACAGAAGUUAUUUGCGGUGUUAUACAAAGUUUCGUUCGAGUCGAGGAAUAUAAAAUGAAGGGACAAGUAGAAGUAAUGAUUGUUCUGUAUCAAGAAAUUUUUGAAACCCCCUUCCUCGAAGCUUGCGGAGAAUUUUAUAUGAGAGAGGCAUCCGAGUUACUUCAACAAUCGGAUGUAACACAUUAUAUGGAAAGAGUUACAUGGAGACUCAUUCAGGAAGAGCUUCGGGCUCAUAAGUUUCUACAUGCAAGUUCUAUGCCUAAAGUAAGACAAUGCUGUGAGGAAAAAAUGAUAGCUACACACAUAGCCUGGCUUCACGCAGAAGCAGAAAGUAUGAUAGAAAAUGAACGUAGAAGGGAUUUAAGUCUUCUUUAUCCAUUGCUAAGGCCAAUACCUUCGGGUUUAACACCGCUCUUACAAAAAUUUACGCAGCACAUUACUCAGCAAGGAUUACAGGCGAUCGGUUCUUUACAAGGAGAGAAUGUACACAUACAAUUUGUGGAAAGCAUGCUGGACGUGCAUCACAAAUAUUCGGAAUUGAUUAAAGAGGUGUUCAGAGUUGAUCAAGCUUUUAUAACUGCCCUCGAUAAAGCUUGUUCAGCCGUCAUAAACCAUAGGCCUGUUCCCCGGCAACCCGCAAGAGCGCCUGAACUACUUGCUAAAUACUGCGACUCUUUGUUGAAAAAAUCUGCUAAAGCCACAUCGGAAGGGGAAAUAGAAGAGAAACUAGGACGUUGUAUUACCGUGUUCAAAUACCUCGACGAUAAAGACGUUUUUCAAAAGUUUUACGCACGAAUGUUAGCGAAGCGAUUGAUACAUCAGCAGUCACAGUCAAUGGAUGCCGAAGAAUCGAUGAUCGAUCGAUUAAAACAAGUUUGUGGCUACGAGUUUACGAACAAACUUCAUCGAAUGUUUACCGACAUGUCGGUUUCGGCGGACUUAAAUGCCAAAUUUACGACCAGUUUACGAGAAGGAGAUAGAGAAAAUCAAUUAGGCAUCGGUUUUGUAGUGUACGUGUUACAAGCGGGCGCCUGGCCGUUAGGUCUACCACCAUCGCCAGGACCGUUUGACAUCCCUCAACAAUUAGAAAAAUCUAUACAGGCCUUCGAAGCUUUCUAUCGUGCGCAAUUUAGCGGACGGAAACUCACCUGGUUACAUUACCUUUGUCAAGGCGAGUUAAAGUUUAAUUAUUUAAAGAAGCCUUACUUGGUCACCGUGCAAACAUACCAAAUGGCUCUGCUUCUUCUUUUCGAACAUUGCGAUUCGAUGCAGUGCAAGGAGGCUGCCGCAUCGUUACGUUUGUCGCACGAUCAACUAGUUAAACAUGCAACUAGUCUAGUUGACUGUAAAAUUUUGAAGAAAUCAACGGAAGGAGAACUGGAGGAGGAUACGGUUUUGUCUCUUAAUUUUGAUUACUACAACAAAAGAACAAAGUUUCGUAUAACUGGUACGUUGCAGCGGGAUGUACCACACGAAAGUCACGAUACCGAGGCCACGCAUCGCAGUGUCGACGACGAUAGAAAAUUGUACCUGCAAGCAGCUAUAGUUCGUAUUAUGAAGAGUCGUAGGAUUUUGAGACACAAUCAACUCGUACAAGAGGUACUAAGUCAAUCUAAGGUUACAUUUGCACCAUCAAUCGGUAUGAUCAAAAAAUGUAUCGAAGCCCUUAUAGAUAAGCAGUAUAUCGAACGUACGCCAAAUAACGCAGAUGAGUAUUCGUACGUCGCAUGAUUUUAUUGUAUCAUUUGUCACCAUCAUUAAUUUAUUUCGUUCAGGGUACUCUUUGAUCAUUCAUGAUAUAAAAACAUUUUCUAAUGUUGGAAUAAAACGAUACAUUACUACGGAUCUUUUUUUUUUUUUUUUUUAUCGAACAUGCGUUUGAUCUAAUAUAGAAGGAAACGAUAUUCUUAUUAACGAUACUCUCUAAACCGAAUUGUUUGAAAGAUCAGGGAAAGUAGCCUGAACUGCUUAAUUGCUCCUAAAUCAACAAAUUAAUAACUUAGUUGAUUCAAUGAUUUGUAAUAUAUGCGCACGGAAUAAAGAUGAUGUUACUAUUUUA